UAAGAUCAGACUUCAUACAUCAGGACACCGGCAGUAACGGCAAUGAAUACGAGCAUUACAGACUCCACCAUCAGCACUGUGCAGGGGGGUGCAGGGGAUCCUGACUGCACUGACGGCUUUGGGACUUACCAACUUCCGUUUCCCUCCUGCUACCAAUCUUGAAGAUGGAUCCAUAUUUGACUUUGUUGUCAUCGGUUCUGGUGCGGGCGGCAGUGUGGUAGCUAACAGGCUUACCGAAGACCCGAAAACGACAGUGGCUCUUAUAGAAGCUGGUCAAGUCGCACCGUUCGAAAGUACCGUCAUGGGCUUAUUCCCUGCAUUAGUGAACUCUGCUUACGACUGGAAUGCCACUUCCACGAACGACCACUACGCAAACCAGUGCCUCCAGAACAACGUCGUUGAAACAACCAUGGGCAAGAUGCUCGGAGGUUCCAGUGGCCUAGACCACGUACUAGUAGUCAGAGCCAAUAAAUUCGAUUUGGAUCGCUGGGCUAAAGCCACUGGCGACGACUCCUUCAAUUAUGAUAACAUGAAAAAAUACUACAUUAAGAGCGAAACAGUCAAAGAUAAAGACAUCCUUGCAGCAUACUCCUCUUAUCAUGGCACUGACGGCCCCUUGCAAAUGACAAGGCAAACGAGUGAUAAAAAUAUAGACAUCUUGGCCUCUUUCAAAGAACUCGGCCAUGAUAUAAUCUUGGACAUUAAUGCUAACCUCACCCUUGGAUAUGCUGAACCUUUACUACUUAAAACUGAGGAAUGGAGGCAAAGUGCUGCCGAAACAUACUUGGGACGCGCUAAAAAUCGACCUAACUUGUUUGUUCAGAUGGGCGCUCUGGUUACCAAAAUCUAUAUUAACAAUUCUAAUGUAGCCACUGGAGUCGAGAUACUGACCAGUGACGGUACGACCAAAAGCAUUUACGCUCGCAAAGAAGUUAUUCUAUGCGGUGGAGCAAUCAAGAGUCCACAACUUCUGAUGUUAUCAGGUGUCGGACCUAAAUCUCAUCUUGAAAAAUUCGGCAUCGAAGUAAAAGCUGAUUUACCCGUCGGAGACAACCUUAUGGAUCACGUGUCAUUAAUACUUGGUAUCACUUUGAAAGAAUCUAAUGAAACUGUGAUCUCCAGUCCUAUGGCUUUCCCCGCGCCAUCCACGACUGGCUACGUCUCGCUCGACGGCACCGAAGAUCCUACAUACCAAUCGUUCAGUCUGGUCAUUCCUCACGAUAAUUCCGGUCUUGUGCAACUAUGUGUGUUUGCGUUCAAGUAUAACGAUACCGUGUGUGAGGCGCUGUACAAGGCCAAUAUUGGCAGGGACUUACUUUUUAGUGUUAUCAACCUUAUGCACCCUGAAUCUUCUGGCACAGUCCGUCUGAACAGCGUCGACCCUACCGCCAACCCGACAAUCAACCUCGGCCACUUGUCCAACCCCAACGAUCUGGACAACCUCGCCAAAUCCCUGCAAGACUUCGUGACUGUGUUAGACACUCCUUACUUUAAAAGCAUAGGUGCUAAGAUGGUUGAUAUCGACUUGACCUGCAAUAGUUUAGACCGCACAAGCUUCGAGUUCUUCAAGUGCUAUGCUAGAUGGAUGUCGGCCACUAUGUGGCAUUACAGCAGUACUUGUGCUAUUGGUAAAGUUCUGGAAAGCGACAUGACGGUGAAAGGUAUACAGAAUCUUAGAGUUGUGGACGCUUCGGCUAUGCCUUACACCGCCACCGGUAAUAUUAUAACAAAUAUCUACGCUAUUGCGGAGAAAGCAGUAGAAAAUAUUAAGGCAAAGUGGUGCUAUUCUGAACCUAGUUUCUAGAUUUAAGGAUGAAUAAAUUAAUAUACAACUUAUUCGACAAUAUUUAUGGUUUAAUAAAAAUUAUCUGGUUUUGCAUGAA